UGGCCACCUCAGGUGAUGGAGCCGCUGCGCCGGCGGGGGCAGGAGGUGCUCCGAGCACCGAGCCGCAACCUACCCUCCGCCUGGUGUGCCCGCGGGACUUUGUUUCCAGGAGUCAGGCCAGAAGGGAGAUAUGUGUAACACACCAACUUACUGUGACCUAGGAAAGGCUGCCAAGGAUGUCUUCAACAAAGGAUAUGGGUUUGGCAUGGUCAAAAUAGAUCUGAGAACCAAGUCAUGUAGUGGAGUGAUGGAAUUUUCUACUUCUGGUCAUGCUUAUACUGACACAGGGAAAGCAUCAGGCAACCUAGAGACCAAAUACAAGGUCUGUAACUAUGGACUUACCUUCACCCAAAAAUGGAACACAGACAAUACUCUUGGAACAGAAAUCUCUUUGGAGAAUAAGUUGGCUGAAGGGUUGAAACUGACUCUUGAUACCACAUUUGUACCGAACACAGGAAAGAAGAGUGGGAAAUUGAAGGCCUCCUACAAACGGGAUUGUUUCAGUCUUGGCAGUAAUGUUGAUAUAGAUUUUUCUGGCCCAACCAUCUAUGGCUGGGCUGUGUUAGCCUUUGAAGGCUGGCUUGCUGGUUAUCAGAUGAGUUUUGACACAGCCAAGUCUAAACUGUCACAGAAUAAUUUCGCCCUGGGUUACAAGGCUGCAGACUUCCAGCUGCACACUCAUGUGAAUGAUGGCACUGAAUUUGGAGGGUCUAUCUACCAGAAGGUUAAUGAGAAGAUUGAAACAUCAAUAAACCUUGCUUGGACAGCUGGCAGUAACAACACCCGUUUUGGCAUUGCUGCUAAAUACAAGUUGGACUGUAGAACUUCUCUCUCUGCUAAAGUAAAUAAUGCCAGCCUGAUCGGACUGGGUUAUACUCAGACUCUUCGACCAGGAGUUAAACUGACCCUAUCAGCUUUAAUCGAUGGAAAGAACUUCAAUGCUGGAGGUCACAAGGUUGGGUUGGGAUUUGAACUAGAAGCUUAAUGCAGUUUUGAAUAAAGCAUCAGAUUUCUCCCUGGAGAUGAAGAGAAAUGAACCCACUAUGUUUUGGCCUUAAAAUUCUUCUCUGAAAUUUCAAAAGUGUGAACUUUUUAUUCUUCCAAAGAAUGGUAAUCCUCCCCACACUGAAGUCUAGAGAUUGCAAGUCCAUCCUAAGGGAGGUGCUUGAAGGCAUGCCUGGAAAUUGUCAUGUGUGUGCCACAUUUUAGUUCAGUUCUGCAGUAUUAUUUAAAUGUGUUCCUCAGCGACAAUGUAGUGUCAUGUUGUAAAGGAAAUAACUUGAUCCUCCAGUUUGUACAUCACGUCCUGCAUGUCCCACACCACUUUUCAUGACCUUUUAAUAUAUUGGUCUCUGUGCUGUAGUGCAAUCUUUGGUUUUGCAUCAGAGUAAAAUAAAAUAAACCCAUCACAUUUUAACAUAAUCAUUCAUCUGACUUACUAGUGGUGGUUUUCUUAUAUUUGAUGUGAUUUGCUUUGAAAAGUACUCUCAUAGGUGGGAUUUAUACCUAAAGUGGUAUGUCUGAAAUAUCUGUGUCAUUGCCUGUCCCUUCCCCUUUAGUUUACCUCACUCUGACUGCUCCUCUACACUCAGGCCAAGGAGUAAAACCAUGAGUUUUGUUUUGUUGGGCAGAAGCUCAUCUGUUGAGGUACUGGCUUCUUUAAGCAUGUGAUAAAGUAGUAUCAGAUUGGUAGUUUGGAGAAAGAGUGAGGGUGUGAGUGAUCAAAAGGC